UAUUUGGUUGUUGUCUUGAAUCACAUGACAGCUCUACGUUCUACGUUUUUCUUACAACCAGACCAGAACUUUAACUAUUUUGUGUUAUCAAUUGUUAAUUUAAUUGUAAGCUUACCCAAUCCACAAAUAAUUAGUGAAUUACCAUCCAUCCAUUAAACAUGACGGGACGACCUGCCAAAUCUUCCACCAACGGAGGUGCUGAUACAAGUCGUCGUGCCAACAAGCGUACCGCUGCCACGCCCUCAAGCAAGAAGAUGGCCCAACAUUACGUCGACUUAUCAGAUGAAUCCUCCUCCGACGAGGAAGUUGAAGUACGGGGCGCUACGUCGAAAAAUACGAGCACAGCAGAGACGAAAAAAUCUAAAAUUAGUGACGACCGGGAGGAGAGCGACGAGGAGAAUGAGCCCCCCAAGAAAAAAACGGCCCGAUCUGGAACAUCGGCUUCUGACAAGCAGUCGAAGAAAUAUGACGAUGUAUCUAUGUACAUAGUUCAUUACGAACAUUUUUGGCAGGAUGAUAAGAUUUUUAAACCCAUUCGUUGACAGUCCCCACGGCCGCGGAAGCCAUGCCAUUGGGAUAUUGAAAUUGUAGGAUAGGGGGGAGGGGUUUAUUUAUAUACCAUGGGCAGAUAAUGGGGACAUCAAAUAAACGUGGGGACAUUGUCCCUCUUUCUGUCCCCGGGAAAGCGUGGGGAUAGUGGCUGGGAAAGUUUCUCGGCCACUAUCCUCUAUCCAGUUGUGCGACACGAUUUGGCCCGACUUUGCUGGGGUGCCACCUGUCCGCCCAGAGUUGGGUGACCAUCUCGACUGCACCAUCUGUCUGGAUAAGCCGGCCUAUCCACAGUUGCGCCAAUGGCCACAUCAUUUGCGGGAUCUGUGCCGACAAGGUGCAAAAUUGUGGCCUGUGUCAGACGGCGUUGCACGUGUCAGCUGUUGCGGAACGGCUUUCUCGACAGCUCUAAUUGAAAUUGUCGUGUCUAAACCAAAAUUCUGGGUGUACUGAAGUGAUUUCUGCUACAGAAAUGAAAAAACAUCUUCUAAAUUGUGACUAUCGUGAAAUAAUUUGCACCGAAGGAUCUCAUGGAACGACAAAAGUGGUCAUGCACGAGUACGUCAAACAUUUAACGGAAUUCCAUAAGUGUCGUGAGCGAUCAUCUCGACGUUACUCGUUGACAUUGAAGGAUAACAAAAUAUCGCACGACAUGUUGGGUCGCAGAUGGCCAAUCGAGAUAUUGGAAAAGGACGGAAAUACUUUCCUCCUACAUUCUCGCAUUAGUGCGGAUGAUACGGUCUACUUCUGGAUGACAGUGCUUGGUGGCAAGGAAACCGCAGAAAAGUACAUGUUUGAGUUUAAAUUGCUCAAAAACAUUGGAGGAGGGAAACAGAUCGAGGCUUCAUGGAAAAUGCCGGUCUUUGCGUUUCACGAUCGACCGAGUUAUGUGAAAGGUUUGCCUUGCUACUAUGUUGUCAUCCCAGCGAAAAUGUUGGGAUCCAAACAUGCGGGCUUAUUUGAGUUGCAGUUUGAUGCGUCUUACAAAAUUAUUUAGAGAAUUUGUCUUGACUCAAUAUGAACUAUGUAUUUUUAACGUUGUGUGCAAAUAUGCAUAAUAUUUAUUUAUAAAAAAGCGAGCAUUAAUGACAAUUUAUUGAUUGAUUUCGAAUAUGA